UUCCCUAUUCUCAUGCCAAAUUGGCAAACGUACAACACGAAACCUACACCCGCCGCAUAGGAUACCGGAUUAUUCAUAUAUUCUGUUUAGAAUCCGAUAAAAAUCAGAAACAAAACCAGGCUGCUCCACCGCCCCGCCACCGAUUAUCAACCUUCACGCACUUUUUAUCAAUUAUCCAUGGCUGGAAAAAGCAGAAAAAAGCUUAACAAAUCAAAUAGCAGCCGGGGACGAAGGCCUCCCGGUUCCUCUUCCUCCGCCCUCUUCGUGGAAGGUGGUUUUUUGUCGGAUUGGACCCCCUUCGAUUCGCCCCCUUCUAGAGGGCGGAAGCGGAAUAAUGGGGGAAAUGGGAAUUCGAGAUCCGGGAAUGGGAAAGGAAGCGAUUCUAAUUCCAAAUCAUGGCCGGCUCAGGAUCGGAGGAGCGAGACUAAUACCAGGAGAAAUAAUGCUGUUGGCUACCAGUAUCCACAGGAAAAUGCAUUUGUAGAUGAAGUUGAAAAUCAGGACAAGAUUUUUGAUGCAUCAAAUCCUCUAGUGUUGAUCAGUUCAGAGAAGAAUCCCAUUGUUGCCUACCUAGAUGAGGGGCCCGUUAAGGAAACUCCUAGUGUAGAGUACAUGUAUGACUACACGACUAACUUUACACUUGAUGAAAGCUCACACAGGGGGUUGGGGUUUUGUGAUGAAAUGGACACGACUGCUGAUGUUAUAGAAUCCUCGUCUAAAAUGGAAGUGAAAGAUUAUGAUUCUGAUGACCUAUCUUCCUCCGAGGAAGCUGAGGAUUUGAUGGCUGAGAUGUCUCCAAAGGAAGAUUCAGGUUAUGUGAUAAUUGGAGGCGCUAAAAUAUAUACACACGAUAUCUCGGAUGAGGAUGACGAGGCUGAAGAAGAAGAUGAAGAAUCAAGUGAUGAUGAUGGAUCAGGAUCAUCUCUAUCAGAAGUUGACUCUGGAACUUCUGAGAAUGAUGAUUCGUCAUAUAGUGGUUCAGACAUCGACGAUGAGCUUGCUGAAGAUUAUAUUGAGGGAAUUGGUGGGUCUGGCAACUUCAUCAAUGUGGAUCAGCUGACGGGGCAAAUGUCUGAUGUUUCUGAUGAGGACAGUUCUGAAAACAGCCUUGAUGAAACUCUGCAAAAGUUGGGAGGGAUUGAUCUUCAAGAGGCGUCAAGGGAGUAUGGCAUGCAAAAGCCUGAACAACUUAGAAAAUAUCGACCAGGAAAUACAAAAUCAACUCCUGUUAAAUUUUCCAAGCCAUCUGCUCUAGACGACAUAUUGCUUAUUAAAGAUAUUAGAGCUAUUUCUGGAAAGAAAAAACAUGUUGCUCGAGCAUCGCAGACAUGGCCUUCUGAGGCUCGCAAGAGCAAAAAGCAUAGGAGAUUGCCAGGAGAAAAAAAGAAACAACGUAAGGAAACCAUUGCAACAAAGCGUCGAGACCGAAUGAUGAACCGUGGUGUAGAUCUCCAAAAGAUAAAUUUGAAAAUGCAGCAAAUGGUUCUUAAUGGUGGGGAUAUCCUUUCCUUCACUCCUAUGUAUCCACGUGAUUGUACUCAGGUUCGUAGAUUAGCUGCAAUCUAUCGCUUGCAAAGUGGGUGCCAAGGAUCCGGCAAGAAGAGGUUUGUGACAGUGUUGCGUACACAUCACACAUCACUGCCCUCUUCAAGUGAUAAAAUUCGCCUGGAGAAGCUGAUAGGAGCUAAUGAUGACGAACCUGAUUUCUCUGUUAUUGGUGGUAAGCCUGUCAAGGGACAUGCAUCCACCGCAAAGAAGACUGCCAAAGGUGGCAUUGCCAUCCCUGCUGGCUCCCAAUCUUCCCGGAGAAAACCAAGUAAGAACUCCGCUACCUACCUUGAUAGCAAGGAUGGUAAAAGGAACAAGACAGGUAAAACAGGCUCUUAUUCCGCCCAGCCCCUUUCUUUCAUCUCUAGUGGUGUUAUGAACACCGAAAUAUUUGAGCUGAAAGCCACUGAAUCAAGUGACACAAGAGACAAACCUGCGUCCAACUCAGUGGAAUAUGGUGCAUUUGAGGUUCACACCACUGGGUUUGGGUCGAAAAUGAUGGCUAAGAUGGGAUAUGUGGGAGGCGGCGGCCUAGGUAAGGACGGUCAGGGCAUGGCACAGCCCAUCGAAGUGUCUCAGAGGCCUAAAUCACUUGGAUUGGGCGCAGAGGCUCCUGAAGCUACUAUUAAAUCUCCAAACUCAGCACCUCAGACCAAAUCAGCUGGACGUGGUGGUGCCAGGUCUUCUGAAACCAAUCGUAAACCAAUGAAAAUUAAGGAAAUGACUCAGGAGAGUAAGAUGGGAUCGUUUGAGAAGCAUACGAAGGGAUUUGGGUCGAAAAUGAUGGCGAGGAUGGGUUUCGUUGAAGGCAUGGGACUUGGCAGGGAUGCUCAGGGGAUCGUCGAUCCUUUGAGUGCAGUCAGGCGCCCAAAAUCAAUGGGGUUGGGCGCUUCAAGGUGAAAACAAUGCAACUCUUUAGCCAUUUGUGAAAGGGGGGAAAACUCUUUCCCUCUUGUCUAAUUUAAAAUGUCUUUAGCUUGGUAUUUAAACUGCAUGCAGCAUCUCUUCUUUUUAAGUACACGUGUAUCACUACUUUUUAACUGUCUUUGUAAGUUUGUAACAGAACAACUAAAAGGAAAUAAUGCAUUAGGGCAAGCUAAUGAAUAUAUAUGUUGAUUCUUUGUUUU